AUCCGUGAAUUGAAGCACCCACACCUCAUCAAAGCGAUCGCUUACUACAGAAGGGGCGAUCGAUACUAUAUUAUUUUCCCGUGGGCCGGAGGUGGAAAUCUCCGAGACUAUUGGGGAAGGGAGCCUCCUCGCAAGCUUGAUGGGGAUUUUGUUAGCUGGGCUCUCGGCCAGCUCUGUGGCCUGGCUGGUGCGAUGCAGAAGCUUCAUUCAGCACAGAACUCUGCAUGUCGACACGGAGAUCUCAAGCCAGAGAACAUUCUCUGCUUUGAAGACACCAGAAGAUCUUAUUCAAGUUCUCAGCCAUUCCUCGUCAUUGCGGAUGUUGGUCUGGCUAAAGUUCACACCUUAGCGACCGAGAUGCGGAACGAGGCUACACGCACGAUGAACGGGACAGUCAUGUACGAGCCACCUGAGGCUGUAUUGCUACUAACUAAGAAACAACCACGAUCGCGACGGUAUGACGUCUGGUCCAUCGGAUGUAUCUAUUUCGAGUUUCUGAUUUGGCUUUUAUACGGAAAGGCCGAACUGGUUCGCUUUGGCGAUGACAUAGCUCAUCCUGUGAACAGAACACGGCAAUUCUUCGAUGUAUCUGGAGCUGGAGUAUCUGGGGCGGCCAGGAUUAAACCCAACGUCCAGAAGUGGAUGGAAUGGAUCAGAAGGGACCCAAGAUGUCCACCAAAUACUGCCAUUCGAAAGGUUUUGGAGCUCAUAUGCACACGACUCCUAGUCAUAGAGGUAAGUAAGCCGAGGACAGAUUCAUCUGGAAGCGCC